GACAAUUCAACACACCAAAGCUCACUUUCCAUCUCGUUUCUCACUUCCCACUUCCCCUCUGCUUCCUAUUUAAAAGUUAAAACCUCGCCAUUACCUUCCCGAACUAGCUCAUCAUCUUGAAACAGUUUGUGAGCUCUUGAGCUUGGUCCCAGAGAAUGGACACCGGGGAUCUGUACAGUGCGAGGAACAGUCUCCGGCGAGGAGGGUCUACUUCCAUGUGGAGAAGUAAUCCCUCGGAGUUGUUCUCUGCUUCUUCCAGGGAGGAAAACGACGAGGAAGCCCUGAAAUGGGCUGCACUCGAGAAGCUCCCGACUUACGAUCGACUCAGGAAAGGCAUAUUGGCCAGCGCUUCCAAGAAAGAACUCAGCGAGAUCGAUAUCCAAAAUCUCGGAACCGAGGAUAGGAAGAUUCUCCUCGACCGCCUCGUUAAAGUUGCCGACCAGGACAACGAGAACUUCUUGAGGAAGCUCAAGGGCAGAAUGGACAGGGUUGGAGUUGAGCUACCAACGAUUGAAGUUCGAUACGAGCAUCUCAACGUUGAAGCAGAAGCUACAGUUGGGAGCAAAGCUCUUCCCACGUUUGCCAACUUCACUAUUGGAAUUUUCACGACCAUCUUGGAUGGCUUACACCUUCUACCCAACAGAAAGAAACAUCUGACGAUUCUCAGUGACGUUAGUGGCGUCGUCAAGCCCGGCCGACUGACUCUGCUACUGGGUCCUCCAAGUUCUGGGAAGACGACACUGUUGCUGGCUUUGGCUGGAAGGCUAGAUCACAGUCUCAAGGUUUCAGGGAGAGUGACCUACAAUGGCCAUGAUAUGCACGAGUUCAUCCCCCAGAAAACUUCAGCUUACAUAAGCCAGCAUGAUCUUCACAUGGGCGAGCUGACUGUAAGGGAGACUUUAGCUUUUGCUGCCAGGGUCCAAGGAGUUGGAUUUCUCCAUGAUAUGUUGGCUGAGUUAUCCAGAAGAGAAAAGGCAGCCAAUAUUAAACCAGAUCCUGAUCUUGAUGUCUUCAUGAAGGCUGCAGCUACAGAAGGUUUGGAGAGCAAUGUGAUAACAGAUUAUACUCUCAAGAUCUUAGGACUGGAAGUUUGUGCAGACAUUCUCGUGGGAGAUGAAAUGAUCAGGGGUAUCUCUGGAGGACAAAGAAAGCGUGUUACGGCUGGUGAAAUGCUCGUUGGACCAGCAAGGACAUUGUUCAUGGAUGAGAUCUCAACCGGUUUAGAUAGUUCCACAACAUUUCAGAUUGUGAACUCGUUGAAGCAGCAAAACCACAUCCUCAACGGCACAGCAGUCAUUUCCCUCCUCCAGCCAGCACCAGAGACCUACAACCUCUUCGACGACAUCAUCUUGGUAUCAGAUGGCCAGAUUGCGUAUCAGGGUCCUCGCGAAAACGUGCUAGAGUUCUUCGAGCACAUGGGAUUCAAGUGCCCUGACCGGAAAGGAGUGGCUGAUUUCUUGCAAGAAGUCACAUCUAAGAAGGAUCAGAAGCAGUAUUGGACAAGAAGGGAUCAGCCUUACCGCUUCGUAACAACAAAGGAGUUUGCAGAGGCAUUCCAGUCCUUCCAUAUAGGAAGGAAGAUUGCAGAUGAGCUAUCAGUUCCUUAUGACAAAACCAAGAACCACCCUGCUGCCUUGUCAACCAAGAAAUAUGGUGUUGGGAACAAGGAGCUGCUGAAGGCCAACUUUGCAAGAGAGUACUUACUCAUGAAAAGGAAUUCAUUUGUCUACAUCUUCAAGCUUAGCCAACUGGUCAUCAUGGGGCUGUUUUUCAUGACCGUCUUCCUCAGGACCGAGAUGCAUAGGAACACGAUUCAGGAUGGGGGCGUUUAUGUCGGUGCUCUCUUUUUCUCACUGGUUAUGCUCAUGUUCAACGGAAUGGCUGAGCUUCCAAUGACCAUUGCAAAGCUUCCCGUGUUCUACAAGCAAAAGAAUUUGUUCUUUUACCCACCAUGGAUAUACUCCAUUCCACCAUGGAUCCUCAAGAUUCCUGUCACCCUCUAUGAAGUUGGUGUUUGGGUCCUCAUGACAUACUAUGUCAUUGGAUUUGAUCCCAACUUUGGAAGGUUGAUUAGGCUUUAUGUGUUGCUGGUGGCAAUCAAUCAGAUGGCAUCUGCUCUCUUUCGGUCCAUCGCUGCAACGGGAAGGAACAUGAUUGUUGCCAACACCUUUGGCUCAUUUGUUGUGCUUCUUCUCUUUGCAUUGAGUGGAUUUGUUCUGUCACGAGAGGACAUAAAAAAAUGGUGGAUUUGGGCUUAUUGGGCAUCACCCAUGAUGUAUGGGCAAAAUGCAAUAGUGAUCAAUGAAUUCCAUGGAAAAAGUUGGAGCCAUAUUCCACCCAACUCCACAGAAUCACUGGGCAUCCAAGUGUUAAGAUCUCGAGGGUUCUUCACAGAACCACAUUGGUAUUGGCUAGGAGUAGGAGCAACUUUUGGGUUCUUGUUUCUAUUCAACAUUGUUUUUGUUCUUGCUCUUACUUUCCUGGACAAAAGCUUAACCUUUUUUUACUUGUUAAAAUGGUCAGAAUUUGAGAAGCUUAAGGCUGUCAUACCUGAAGAUGAGGCCAUCGCUUCAGCAGGAGCCGUUGAGAUGUCAACUAGUGGUUCCACCAUAGCAGGAACUGCAGACGAUGAAGCAAGUGACAGCAAGAAAAAGGGGAUGGUUCUCCCAUUUGAGCCUUAUUCACUCACCUUCGAUGACGUUAUCUACUCAGUUGACAUGCCACAGGAAAUGAAGAGCCAAGGUGUUACGGAAGACAAACUUGUGCUUCUAAAGGGUGUUAGUGGUGCUUUCAGGCCAGGUGUUUUGACAGCUCUCAUGGGAGUCAGUGGUGCUGGUAAAACCACUCUCAUGGAUGUGCUUGCCGGAAGGAAAACCGGUGGCUACAUUGAAGGAAACAUCACCAUUUCUGGGUUCCCUAAAAAACAAGAAACUUUUGCUAGGAUUUCAGGGUAUUGUGAGCAAAAUGAUAUCCACUCUCCACAAGUUACCGUAUACGAGUCUUUAGUAUACUCGGCCUGGCUGCGUUUGCCCAAAGAAGUUGAUCAAAAAACUAGAAUGUUGUUUGUUGAAGAAGUAAUGGAUCUUGUGGAGCUGAACCCUAUACGCAACUCACUGGUGGGACUCCCCGGUGUGACUGGCUUGACUACGGAGCAACGCAAGAGGCUAACCAUUGCGGUCGAGUUGGUGGCGAAUCCAUCCAUUAUCUUUAUGGAUGAGCCGACCUCAGGAUUGGAUGCUAGAGCUGCCGCCAUUGUCAUGAGAACGGUGAGAAACACUGUGGACACUGGUCGAACAGUCGUUUGUACCAUCCAUCAACCCAGCAUCGAUAUCUUCGAAGCAUUUGACGAGCUCUUUCUGUUGAAGAGAGGAGGGCAAGAGAUAUAUGUCGGCCCACUGGGGCGCCAUUCUGCCCAUCUGGUGAAAUACUUCGAGGAGAUCGAAGGCGUGAGCAAGAUCACAGAUGGUUACAACCCGGCAACUUGGAUGUUGGAGGUGACCACCACAGCACAAGAGAUGGCUCUGGGAGUGGAUUUCACUGACAUUUACAGGAACUCGGAUCUCUACAAGAGAAACAAGGCACUCAUCAAGGACUUGAGCAAACCAUCCCCGGGUUCUAAAGAUCUCCACUUUCCAACACAAUACUCGCAACCGUUCCUGACACAAUGCGCUGCUUGCCUGUGGAAGCAGCACUGGUCCUACUGGCGAAACCCACCUUACACCGCGGUCAGGUUCAUGUUCACAACCAUAAUAUCCCUCACAUUUGGAACCGUGUUUUGGGACCUCGGCGGCAGAACGACCAAGAACCAAGACCUUUUCAAUGCGAUGGGAGCGAUGUUUUCAGCGGUGACGUUCUUGGGAGUCCAGAAUGCAUCUUCGGUGCAACCGGUGGUAGCCAUUGAGAGGACCGUGUUCUACAGGGAGCGAGCCGCGGGGAUGUACUCGGCUUUGCCGUAUGCUUAUGCUCAGGUGAUGAUUGAGAUUCCAUAUAUCCUGGUCCAGUCUGUGGUGUAUGGAGUGAUCACUUACUCCAUGAUGGGGUUUGAGUGGGAAGCCAAGAAGUUCUUGUGGUACAUUUUCUUCAUGUUCUUCUCCCUACUCUACUUCACUUACUAUGGGAUGAUGACCGUUGCCAUCACACCGAACCACCACAUUGCAUCAAUCAUCUCUUCCUUCUUUUACUCCAUCUGGAAUCUGUUUGCUGGGUUCAUCGUCCCAAGACCCAGCAUUCCAGUGUGGUGGAGAUGGAACUACUGGGCCAACCCAAUUGCGUGGACGCUGUAUGGUUUGAUUGUGUCACAGUAUGGAGAUGUGAAGACGCCGAUGGAAGGAGGGCAAACGGUGGAGGAUUUCUUGAGCAGCUACUUUGGGUUCGAGCAUGAUUUCUUGGGAGUAGUUGCUGGAGUCAUGGUUGGAUUGGUAGCGGUCUUCGCCUUCAUCUUUGCUAUCUCCAUCAAGUCUUUCAACUUCCAAAGAAGAUAGACAAAUGCAAGACAGAUUUGUUUUAAAGCCAGUCAAACAAUUCGGAGCUCAAACUGUGUUUGCUUAUUAAUCUUUUUUUCCUCCCCUGUUUUCGUUUCUAUUUUGUAAUUCUUCGGAGGCGCUUUUCUUUUGAUCAGUUUGUGAUAAAUUGUUGAGGUCAUUGGGGGGAACAAACUACCUGACCAGAAAUGGCUUUGGGCCGCCCAGAAGACAGUAUCUUGGCGCUCGCUGCUACUGAAUCACUUUGUCUGUAUCGAUGAUGAUGAACGUAGGCAUUCACCAACAAAGAGGGACUCUACAGAGAGGGAAGAUACCUCCCGCAAUCGCAUUCUCCUGAUGCUUUGUUCUGUUUUAGUUCGGCGAUGAAAUUUGGGAAGCUAAUUUGUCCACCGGCGGCGAUCAAAGUGCUAUAAAAGGAGUGGGCAGGCCACAUUAAUUCCUCACCCUAAACACAACAUACAAAAAGCAGCAAACAGGGUCAUUUGGGAGGAGAGUGUACAUAAAGAGCUGAAACAGAAAGAAACAGAGAGUGAAGCAAAAGAAGAAGGAGAAGAAGAAGGAAAACAUGUAUUCCGGAUCAAAAUUGAUGGUGGUGGCAGCUUUCCUGCUCCUAAACGUUUCGAGCUUCCUUGUCGUUGACGCGAGACUUGCAGACACAAGCAUUAUCAGAGGACCAGAUUGCAUCGGCAAGUCGGAGGAUCAGGA